UUUUCAACCUUGUCUAUGGCACUUGGCACAAGUGCCCGAGUGAAGUUCAGUUUUGACAGUUGUAAUAGUGGUCAUCUUAUAUUUUUUACCUCCUUGCAUUUUGAUACAAAAUAUUUAUUUAUUCGCAAAGUGGUAUUACGUGAACAAGAUGAAAAUAAGGGCCCACGCAAUUCGAGAACGGUGGAAUGCGACCCGCUAGCUCAAACUGAUAUGUCCACAACAAGAAGCGCCGUGAACGCAAUCCGCGCCCGCCGGGGCCACAAGGAGCGCUCUAAGAACUUCACCGAGCUGGAGAAGAGAACCGUGCUCGAGCUGAUCGCGCGCCACCGCGACGUGCUGCGGCAGGGCCGCUCCAACAACGCCACCAACCGGAGCAAACAGCUUGUGUGGUCCACGAUAUGCGAGGAGGUAAACAAGCGCUGUGGCGGCGAGCGGCCUCGCACUCCUGCGCAGGUCAAAAUGUGGUACGAGAAUUAUAAGAAGAAGUGCAAGAUGCGCGCGCACGACUCGCAGCCACCUCAACCCGACGCGCCUGGCUUACUGGACGGCAUGCUGUGGCAGAACAUUCACCCGUUAGAAGUUAAAGAUGACGAGGAAGCGGCCACCAGUGAGCAGGGCGCGCACAGCGUGAAAGACGAUGACCUGCCGGUUAACAUGACCAACGGCCGACUCUCAAGCACGAACGACAGCGACGACACGACCCCCAACCCCCUCGAGCCGCACGUCACCAUCAUCCCCCACUCCCCCUCCCCCAAGCACCCCCACCCCCUCACCAUACCCCUCCUCAACCCCAUAGCCAUGGAGCAAGCGCGGUUGCAGCAGGACUUCCUGAUAAAGUUGAACGAGUUGUCGAACACGCCGCUCAACUUGAGCCAUUUGGAGGGGAGGAAUGGGGAUGUUAAAGAGGAGAAGGAGGGGGGGAAUGCUACGGAGGAAGAGAGAUUAUACUUCACCGCCAAACGGCAGCACGCCAUAUGGGAGCACGAAGCCAAAAUGAAGAUCCUCAAUAUGGAACUCAAGCAGAAGGAGGAAAUCUUUUCACUGCAAAAGCAACUCUUUCUCAUAGAGCUAAGGUUGAAAAUGGACUUCCUCGAAAAGGCCAGUGGUAAAUAAAGUCUCGAGCAUGCUGUCACUGAAAUUGAUAAAAUAUUUGAAUUUAACCCUUUCACCGCCAAAGACGUGAAAAGA